AUGUCUCAUGCACAACCCUCAGAAGAUGGUAUGGUGGCAGAAGGGUCUCGAUGGUCCAUUGAAAGUUCAAAAGAUUCGAAUGUACCCAAACCAAGAGCAAAAAGAAAAAUUAUUGAUGGAUGGGCAUUAAAAUUAAUUAAACAAGGAACACGAAAAACAUUAAGAAAAUUAGUAAUUUAUAAAAAUAAUUUUGAAACACAAAACCAAUGGGUUACAGAAACACCAGAUGGUAUAAGAGACGAGGCAUUAAAUGAACUACUCAUAGCAUAUAAUACAAAUUUAAAGCAAGAAAAAAGAUUUGAAAUCAAAUCAAAAGCAAGAAAAAAUGGGAAAGAUUCAAUAACUAUAAAAGCAAGAGAUUUUACAGACAAAGAAGCAAACAUUUUUCAUUUUUAA